UCCUCCAUUCCCCUUCUUCCUCUUGCACCAGCAGCUUUGUUUUGCUGUAGCGAAAAUACUUCCCCAAGUAGUCCUGGCUAUGAGAAACAGAAAAGGCCUUGAAUACGGACCCCACUUCAGACUCCAACACCCAUCAGAGAGUAGAAUGGUGGCCAGUCUAGGGGACCACAGGAGGUGCCCUGUGCCCCAUCUGAUGCCCACCCUGACCUGCCUGGCUCACUCACCUCCCUGCUCCUGGCUGCUGGCACUGCUCCUUGUCCUCUCUGGACUUUCUGAGCAGAGCAAGGGGAGUGAGUGGCAGGUGCUGCAGCCCGAGGGCCCCAUGCUGGUGGCAGAAGGGGAAACACUCCUGCUGAGAUGUACAGUAGUCGGCUCCUGCACUGAUGACAUGAUAAAGUGGGUCAAGGUGAGCAACCAGAAUCAGCAGGAAAUUUACAACUUCAAGCAUGGCUUCUUUCCCGGGGUGAUGCCUAUGAUCCAGAAGAUGCUAGAGCCACUUAAUUGCGACUAUUCCAUCUAUAUCCACAAUGUCACCAAGAAACAUGUUGGAACCUACCACUGUGUGAGAUCUGAUGGCUCAAGUGAGUACUCAGGCAAGACGCUGGAUGAAGGCACCUCCGUGCUUGUGAAGGGACCUGGGAACACAGGGCCAGACCUCUGGAUCAUCCAACCCCAGGAAUUGGUGUUGGCAACCACUGGAGACACCGUCUUUCUGAAUUGCACAGUGCUUGGAGUUGGUCCCCCAGGACCCAUCAGGUGGUUUCGGGGGACUGGUCUGAGCCGGGAGGCCAUCUACAACUUUAGAGGCAUCUCCUACUCCAAUGUGACUGCAGUCCAGGCCUCCAGGAAUGAUUUCAGCAUUCUUCUGCAUGGCAUCUCCACUGAGCAUACAGGAACUUACUAUUGUGUAAAGUUUCAGAGUAAACUCAACAGGCAGUAUCUAUCCGGACAGGGCACCAGGUUGAGAGUCAAAGCAAAUCACACUUCUCUCAAAGAGUCAGAAUUCACCAAGGAACGUACAGCCACGGUAUUUCCAUCAGGAUUCCUGUCUGUCCUCACACUUGCGGUCCUGGGACUGAAAACAGCGACCUUGGCUGCACUCUUGCUGGCCCUGGUUAUCUGCUGGAGAAGCUCUUGACAAGAAAACAUCAGAACUCCAGGCCCAGAAGAGGUGUGCUCGUCUUAGCAUGGGUCAUGGAUGACUGGUCCGCCCUAGAGUGGGUCCUCUAAGAGAGGGCCCAGGAAUCCCCGAUCAUUCCUCUGCCUCCCAGCUGCCUUCAAGCCUCACGAUGAACUCCAGGAUCCUGAUUCCUGGUCACCUGGUGGAAUUCUCUCUUUGGCACUGGGCUCCCCUCCGUUUGCCUUCGUCUCACUGUAUUUCACUGUUUGCUGAGCCCAGGGUUGACAAGGAGCGAGCUAAGAGGCUGGAAGAAGAUGCGAGGAGCCGUAGCAACUGUAGACAUGUUUAUUCUCUCCUCUUGCGGCUGACCUAGCAGACAAAGCCCUAACGCAGCCUCACUGCCAUAAUGUUAGCAGCUGUAACAUAGCCCCAAGGGCUUUCUCAGGUAGACUGUAUAUAUGCUUAGAGAACAAAUGUAGCCCGUGGCCAAGAAAGUACCUCCUGACAUGCAUGCGCAGUGCUAUGAGUGACCUCAGCUGUUAGGUAAUUAUUAUUUACAAAACGUGGGGCCAAGAGUGAGAGGAUGUGGGGUGAGGGAGCCUGAUCCCUCCAUCUUCACCAAUGUGCUCUUUCCUUACAGCCUUCCUUUCUCUUCUCAGCCUGUUCAAACCCUCCUUGUCUUUUAAGGUCUUGCCCAGGUCUCUCCUCGCGGCCUCUGCUCCUGUUGCAGCCCCUUUUGGAGGGCCCACCCCCUUGCUCCCCACCCCACAUUUUCUCUUCCUUCAAGAUCCAACUUGAGAGUCCUUCCCAGAAGGUUUCCCCGAGUGACUCUGAGCUGGCCCAGCCAGACCCCCUGUGCCCCUCCAUCUAUAUCCUUUCUUCCUCCUUUUCUGCCUACUUUCCUUCUUCACCCUGGCUGGCUUAGGUGGCUAUAAUAGUUAGAAUUCAGGCUUGGCAACUUUGACAAAACCCUUAAAUCAGAAAAAAGUAGCUCAAAUCAGAAGAAAGUAGCUCAAAUCAGACGAAAGUUGGCCCUUCUACUAAUAUUUGAGCAAAAACAGGCCAGGCAAUUUGGGGACUCCCUGAGGCCCAGGAUUCCUUGAUCUUGUUGAUACCAGGUCCAUAUCUCAAGCAGAAAGACCAGGGAAGAGGAGAACGACACUUCCCUUCAAGGUCACAGCUAGGAAUUUGCCCAUAUCACCUCUGACUGGUUGGAAUGUGGUCACUUGGUCACACCUAGCUGCAAGGAAGGCUGGAAAUGUAGUCUUUAUUCUAGCAAGAGUGCACCUAGCUAAAAUCUGUUACUAGAGAGCCAGAGAGUAAAGCUCAGUAGAUGACCAGCGAUCUCUACCCCUGUGGUGUAGAGAGAGCUUCUUACUUGCUGUGUGGCACACCUGAGUUCCAUUCCCAGGUGAAAUGCACCCCUUUGUACCUUUGCCUCCACUAGGGCAGCAUAGUGGAGGGUAGUAGUUCUAAAGAAAAGGACACUUCGCCGCCCAGGGGAUAUGUGGCGAUGUCUAGAGACAUUUUUGAUUGUCAUAACUUGGGGGAGACUGUUGCCCUCUAAUGAGUAUAAGUCAAGGAUAUUGCUUUUAGCACAGGGCAGACCCCACAGCCGAGAGUUAUCUGGCCCAAAGUAUCAGUAGAAGUUGAGAAGCCCUGAUGUAGUGGAAAGCAUGCAUUCUCUGGAGUCAGACAUGCCCGAUUUCUAAUCCUGAAGCCCCCACUCCCUCCUUGUGCACCAUUGGUAACUAAUCAGUCAUUGCCACUCUUGGAACAUGGAGGAAAAUAACGCGGACUUCUGCAUUGUAUAAGAAACAAUUCAACUCAGGGCUUACUAUGAGCUGUGUGUUCUGUAUACACUCAGUACAUGUGAACUCCGUUUUCUCUUUCAACACAAACAUUUAUUGGCACCUAGGGGCUUCCCUGGUGGCUCAGAGGGUAAAGCGUCUGCCUACAAUGUGGGAGACCCUGGGUUCGAUUCCUGGGUCGGGAAGAUCCCCUGGAGAAGGAAAUGGCAACCCACUCCAGUAUUCUUGCCUGGAAAAUCCCAUGGACAGAGAAGCCUGGUAGGCUACAGUCCAUGGGGUCGCAAAGAGUCGGACACAACUGAGCGACUUCACUUUCAUUAUAUCAGGAAAUGGAUUAGUCUGCGUGUUUUUCAUUAUAACAAACAGAAAAGUGGGUGGAGCAACACUAAGCCAACACUAAUUUAGCCUGAGUGUUUUGCGCCGGUUUCAGCAUACCGAUAACCAGUGCUAUAGCUGGAUCAGCCCUUGUAGUUCUUAUUAUGAGUGCAAGAUGCCCUUCAGCAAUACCCACCAGGGAACUUUGAAGAACUAGAGGUUUAUUACUUUACAAGACCUGGAAGUUACACAGAAUUCCUAGGGCCACACUGUGAGGUCACAGGGAAAAACAGCGAGGGAAUACCUGGAGUUCUGUUUUAUUGGGGUUGAUGAUUUUGUGGGCUCACUCUUUAUUGGUAAAUAUAAAAAUUAAGAGCAGGAAUUUAAAGCUCAGGAAGAAGAAAAGAAAUAGUAGCUCAAAUGAUCAGUUAUUGAAAUCAACCAAAAUCUCUAAAACAGAGGAAACUCAGUGGGGGAAGAUGGCCUGACUAUUUAGCCCUGUGACUGGCAGUGUGUUCAGAAAAAAGCACAUUGAAGGGGAUGCCUCUUUGAAAUGGAUGCCUCAGCAAUCAAAACUUAAAUCAGAUAAUAGCAUUACAAAAAAAAAAGGGGAAAAAGAAAAACUGUCAAGGUUUACACUGCACUGAGAACUGAAUAAUUAUUGAAUUACCAGACAUCAGAAGAAAGGUAGAUAUAAUAAAUUAAAUAAUAUCUUCCUACAAAA